UGUUUUCUUCGAUGGGACAGUGGUUGACGACGCCCACUGCAUCAUCUACGAGUCACCUAUAGUGAAGGAACGCGAGUGUACGGUACCGUGUCCCGACGACUGCGUUCUGUCCGCCUGGUCGCCAUGGUCGCCUUGUUCCUCUCCGUGUGCCGAGCGGAUGGACUACGGAAUCCAGUCCCGAAACCGGUCAAUACUUGGACAUGCUGGAAAAGGUGGUGCCUCGUGCCCCUGCCAAGUCGGAUUUGCGGGAGGUGGACGACUGUAACAUGGUGCGCUGCUUCGGCAUGCACUGGAAGACCGGACCCUGGAAGAAGUGCGUCGCGGAGAACGUCACUAGCGGCUGCGGCCGCGGACGACAAAACCGCACCGUCAACUGCUUCUUCAAGGGAAACGUCUCCGACAAGAAGUGCGCUCCGCUGAAGAAGCCAGCCAAUUCCCAGCCUUGCAACAUACCUUGCCCAGUGGAUUGCCAAGUGACCAAUUUCUCUGAGUGGAGGCUAUGCAAAGACUGUGGCGAUGGGUCUGGGCCUGUGCUGGCACGCGAGCGGUUCGUGCUUCGACGAGAGACACCGGGCGGUCAACCGUGCCCUUGGCAGAGCCUUCGUGAAGUGAGGCUUUGUCGCCCCACCGACAGUGAGCCCUGGUGCCUGCGGGGACGAAACUCUCAGCACGGCCGGGGUCCCUACCGCUGGAGCACGUCGCCAUGGUCACAGUGCGUCCUUGCUCCGGACGCCCGCUGUGGGAGCGGACACCAAGUGCGCAAUGUGACAUGCGUUGAUUCAAAGAACAUUCCCACGGAGCCUGCAUUGUGCAUCAACCUGACUAGUGCCAUGGUGAGCUCACGUGCGUCGGUGCUCUCUGCACCCCCCGCUCACCGAGAAUGCCACGUUCGCUGCCACGACCAGUGUGCUGUGUCUGAAUGGUCACCAUGGUCACCGUGUCCCCACACCGAUGGCGCAAACAUCUGUGACAAGGACCCUGUGAGCCGCCGAACUCGACAGCUCAUUGGUGUAUCAAGCCCAAACUGUCUUGUGAGUCUUACUGAGGAACGGCCGUGCCCACCGAGGCAAGGUGUCAAGGUGGAAAAUUCGGCUUGGAGCGACUGCAUCCUUCAAGAAGAGGCAGUGUGCGGCGCUGGCUUUCGUUUUAGAAUGACGUCGGCAAGUUGGCGAACAUGCGGAUCCACGGGCUUCGAGAAUGCCACCUGCCGGGAGCCCUGUCCCAUAGACUGCGUCAUGGGCGAGUGGUCCCCGUGGUCGCGGUGCGAUGCUGUUUGCGGGGGUGGCACCCGCACCCGAACCCGCAGGGUUGUCCGCUGGCACCAACAUGGCGGAAGACCCUGCACUGUCGCUGCUCCGAACGACAUGGAAAUUCAGACCGACACAUGCCUCAUGGACUGCGGACGCAACGUCUGGCUCCCGUCGGGAUGGACCCGGUGCCGACCCUUGAACAUGAGCAAAAAGCUGCCGUGUGGCGUUGAAGGAGUCAGGACGAGAUCUAUCCUGUGCAUGUCUGUGCUCAACGGUGACCCUUAUGAAGAACUGACCGAAGAUGAGUGCGAUCCGCUUCAGAAGCCCCACGACAGCGAAGCGUGCAAGUUGCACUGUCCGGGAGAGUGCGUGGUCUCUGAGUGGUCCCAGUGGUCGUCGUGUUUGGACCCUGCACUAGGAGCUGUUAUCGCCGAGCGAAAUCGCACUCGUCGGUUGCUUCGAUCACAGAAACAUGGAAGACACUGUCCAUACCGUUUAGUUGAGAGAGAUGUAUGUUUGAAACACCACUGGGAGCUAGGACCACAGGGUUCUUGCGUCGUCAGCGGUGGCUCCCAUUGCGGUGGUGGUGUGUCCAGGGCGCCUCUUUACUGCGUCCGAGACUCGGACGGUUUGCGUGUGGACUACAAGUAUUGCGAUCCGACAACUAAACCCUCAACCAAACAUGUAGAGACAUCUUGCAAUGUAUCCUGUCCCAUCGACUGCAAGGUCUCGGAGUGGUCAGAGUGGGAUCAAACAGGAUGUGAGCCCUGCGGUAGUUUUGGAGACCAGGUAAGACACCGCGAGGUGAUUCAAAAUGCUACCGACAGUGGAAGACCCUGUCCCCGAAGUCUCACCCAAAGAAAGCCUUGUCCUUUCACCCCUGCUAUCACUGGUCAAUAGGUGGAUGGUCACAGUGUGAACUUCAUGGAGCAGACUGUGGGUUCGGCGUCCGCAAACGUGAUGUAGCAUGUUAUCGAUCUGAUGGAGAGUUAGUAGACAACAGCUUCUGCCAUCUGGCCAACUUCACCUCCUACGUGGGAGGUCUUCUCCACCUCGACUGGCUUAUCGUUGGGAAUGAUGUCCAGGCGAAAGAAGAGUGCUAUGUCCCCUGCCCGCAAGGUUGUUCUUUGUUUCCUUGGUCUGACUGGUCACCGUGCAACAGGAACUGCGACACUGGCGAAAUCCGUG